GACGCUCCCUGCUGAAAAAGCCUCAAAACUUCCCGCUGGAGUGUUGACAAACAAAAGCGAGACUGAUCUAUCAGCUAAAAUGCCAGAGUUGAGUCGCAUCUAAACCAUUCUACUGCUGUGGAGAAGAAUGCAUUUGACAAGGCCAAAGUCCUCGAAAGGGCGUAGUCGAGCCAGCCUGAGCCACACUCCAAACGUGGACGUGGCUGCCAGCUUCCACGACACACCACUGAUCCCCAAGCCUCCUUCAAUGGGCUACAACAGGUCAGACCGCUAUCAAUCCCUCCACAGGCAGAACAGCCAGCUGAGUGUGGACGAAGUCUCAGACUACCUAGAUAAUGUUCCUGAGGUACCUUCUCUUCCCUUCCCUUGGAACAAAUACAAGCCCCUCCCCUCAAUUGAGAAGAAGGCAUCAGAGGAGGGUGUCUCUUUGAGGAGCAUGGAGGAGAAGACAUCCAAGCUCAGUCUAUCCGACAACCAGCUGUCCUCAGUGAGGACCCGAGCAGCAUCCCAGAGCAACCUGGAGAUAGGCAGCGUGUCAGAGGUACUUUGCAAGGUCUGCACCACCCCCAACCCUCUGGACCUCAGUGUGAUGGCCACAACCCCAGAGACCAAAAGCCCACCAGUAUUCCCCCCUGGCACUCCCGAUCCCAGGAGUUUACUCCUUGCCAUCCGAGCCCCGUGUGGGAGGAGGUUUGAGCACCACUUCCUACCCAAAGACACCCUGCUGAUGGUGCUAGCCAGUGCAGAGGCCAGAUAUGGGACCAGAUAUGAGCAUGGUUACAUUGAGACCGUGGAUGGUUACAUCGAGACCGGUGUGGAUAGACCCCUCCGCAGGACAUUCACAGACCUGAACAUGACUUUGGCCCAAUGUGGCAUCUUGAAUAGAUCAGUACUGUGCAUCUUUCAGGAGGACAUGGACUCUGCCUAAGCUCAGAUGGAUGACAGAAUAACAAACGACAUGAACGUUUUUAUCUGACAAAUAUACACUGAGUAUACAAAUAUUAGGAACACCUUCGAAAGCGUUCCACAGGGAUACUGGCCUAUG